AUGAAAAUUGUCAUAUUAUUUAGUUUUAUUAUUUAAGCAUUAAAUGCAUACAUGCUUAGAAACAGGAAAGAUUAAAUAAAACAGCAAGUGAUCCUUCAAUUUAGAGAAACUGUAAAAAAUCCAUUUUCACCAUUUUAUCACUCAUCAUAUGAUCGAUUGGCGUAUUACGUGGAUACAUUUGGUCCAAGAAUGUGGGGUUCAGAAAGCAUGGCUGAUUCAGUAGAUGCUCUGGUUGAAGAGAUGCAAAAGUAUGGAUUUGAUAGGGUAUGGAAGGAGAAUUUAGGAGAAAUCACAUCUUGGAAAAGAGGAGAGGAGAGUGUGACAUUAUAUGAUCCAAGAGAGUACCCAUAGAAAUUAAACAUGAUUGGUUUAGGAUGGACACCAGCAGGAUCUGUGAAAGCAGAAGUUGAAGUGGUUCACACUUUUGAAGAAUUAAAGCAUGUAGAUGUAAAGGGGAAGAUAGUUUGUUUUAAUUUUGAGUGGAAAGGAUAUUCAUCCAGUGUCUAAUAUCGAAUGAACGGACCAAGGUUGGCAGAGUAGGCAGGUGCAAUAGGAACUAUAAUAAGGAGUGUUGCAAGUAUUUCGAUCUCAUCACCACAUACAGGAAUGACAGAUUAUCAAAGUAUCAAAUAUCCAGCCGUUGCAAUCACAGUUGAAGAUGCAGACAUGAUAGAUAGAAUGAGAUAAAGAGGUUAAAAAGUAGUUAUCGAAAUUAAAACGGGUGGAUAACAAUAUAAAACUACAAGUGAUAAUGUAUUGGCAGAAAUCAGAGGAUCGAAAUAUCCAGAUGAAAUCCUAUUAAUGGGUGGUCAUUGGGAUUCAUGGGAUGUGGGAUCUCAGACAGGUGCUAAUGAUGAUGGAGCUGGAGUAAUUGAAUGUCUAGAAGCUUUGAAACUUUUUAAAUAUUUAGGAAUUAGACCUAAGAGAACCAUCAGGUUCAUUGCAUGGAGUGGAGAAGAAAUGGGUAUGGAAGAUGAUGGUGCUUAACAAUAUGCUAAAACUCAUUCUUAAGAAAAUCAUGUUGUUGCAUUUGAAUCAGAUCUUGGAUCUACUAAACCAUAUGGAUUUGGUGUCACUGCUGGAGAAAAAUUCACACAACUUGUUACAUAUUUGGCCUAUGAGUAUUUGACUGAAAUUGGGGUUGAGAAGAUAUAUCCUAAUGCUGGAGGUGCAGCUGAUAGUGGAGCCUUGAGAACUGUGACAGGAACUCCAGUUAUGAACAAUUAAAUAGUAGAUAACAAUACUCAUGAUUACUAUUUCACUUAUCAUCAUACGGCUGGAGAUUCUAUGUUGAUGAUGAAUGCUGAUGAUAUGGAUGAUAAUGUCAUUGCUUUUGCUAGUAUUAUGUAUCUGAUUGCUGAUCACGAUGAUUCAAUACCCAAAAAUUGA